GGCUCUCUGACUCACGCAGAAAAUUAUUGUGAUGGCGUACUUAGCGCCUUGUGAUGUUGUUUACGCAGCCUUCUUCUGCUGUUUUUCUGUCUAAGGCUUGCCUCGGAUGCUGACCGUGUGGAACUCGCCACAGCACUGUUCCCACGUGUCUAUUACUGCCCCGUGUUACGGUCAACGCUAACGUCACAGGUUUUUUUAUCACUUUUCUGCACGCACAGCGUAUUUUAACGACGUAUCAGUGAUCGUUCCGUCUUCCUAUUAUUUCUGUUUCUUGUUCAAGUCACAUCAAACGUCUUACGAGUUCUAAGGAUGGCCUCACCAGAGCUCCACGAUGUUAACAGCAGAAGAUGAUGUCUGACACAUGUCAUCAGGCUGGGAAAGCACGCUGUGGCAGUAGGAAAAAGAAGCGCCUUAAGAAUCGCACUGUCACCACUGAGAGCAGAGGGCCCACACCAGUGCCGACUGCCGAGCCCGAUUCGAAAAUGACAGUCAUUCAGGCUCCGGAACUGAAGAAAAAGAAGCGGCGAAAUCGCAAGCGAAAAUUACUAUCAAGCACAGAGGGACCUGAAAGUUCAGACUUGUGCAGUGACAUAAAGAAGCCAAAACUGAGCAGUGAUAGCAUAGCAGAGCUCACCGACACUAGCACAUUAUGUGGAACUAGGAAUCACAAAUUUGUGUCAUACAGUGCCGUUGCAACGAACUCUGAGGACACACCAUCCACGAUGACGGGACACUACGCCGACACAACUGUGGAAUGUGCAAACAGUAAUGUAAACACCAGUGAUACGGUGGAAGACGAUGAAGAGGUUGAAAGGCGUCGAAUCAAAGCGCACCUCCACAAGCAGCGCAGAGCGUUGCCAAUCUUCCCUGUGAGAAAAGAGUUGGUGCGGGUUGUGAAGCAAAGGGACUGUGUCAUCCUUAUAGGAGAGACUGCCUGUGGAAAGACGACGCAGCUUCCACAGUAUCUCCAUGCCACUGGCUUCACAAAACGAGGGAUCGUCGGCAUUACACAGCCAAGAAGAGUAGCUGCCGUCACUGUUGCUGACAGAGUUGCCAUGGAAAUGGGUGUUGAGCUUGGCGACUUGGUUGGUUACUCUGUUCGCUUUGAUGACACAACGAGCAAUGCUACCAGGAUAAAGUACCUGACCGAUGGCAUGUUGUUACGAGAGGCCUUGUUGGACCCUCUCCUUCGAAGAUAUGCAGUUGUGGUACUAGACGAAGCUCACGAGAGGACCGUGAACACGGACAUCCUCUUUGGUGUGGUGAAAACUGCUCAAAAGGAACGGCAACGCCUGAGCAUGACCCCACUGAAGAUUGUGGUAAUGUCAGCCACAAUGGAUGUUGACCACUUUUCUCGUUAUUUCAACAAUGCUCCUGUGUACACACUCGAGGGACGGCAACAUCCCAUUGAGAUGAUGUACGCUGUGAAGCCUCAAGAAGACUACGUCUUCUCUGCAUUAGUCACUGUCUUUCAGAUACAUCGAAAUCAAGGGCCAGGGGACAUCCUCGUAUUUUGCACUGGCCAAGAAGAAAUUGAAUCGGUCGUCCGAGCUGCGAGGGAAACACGGCUUCAGCUUGAUCCAGCGGAGCAAAACCUUCUAGCCCUGCCACUGUACGCAGCUCUUCCUUCAAGUUUGCAGCUAAAGGUGUUUCAGCCGGCAGCAAAGGGCUGGAGAAAAGUAAUCUUCUCAACAAACAUUGCUGAGACAUCCAUCACAAUUCCUGGCAUCAAAUAUGUAGUCGACACUGGAGUUGUCAAGGAAAGGACAUACCAACCAGGGACAGGUCUUGAGGUGCUCAAAGUGAGGAAGAUCUCAAAGGCACAGGCCUGGCAGAGGGCUGGAAGAGCAGGUCGCGAGUGCAGUGGCAUUUGCUACAGGCUGUACACCAAGGUGCAAUAUGAAGGAAUGAGGGAGCACAGCAUUCCUGAAAUACAGAGGUGCAGUCUCUCAGGCGUCGUCCUCCAAAUGCUUGCCUUGGGUAUUGAGGACAUAUUUGCAUUCGAUUUCAUGGACAAGCCCUCGGAGAAGCACCUGACAGAAGCAUUAGACAAACUACAUCAGCUUGGUGCUGUUGAGAAAAAGGAAGAAGUUAAGCUCACACCCCUGGGUCAAAAGAUGGCUGCCUUCCCCCUGGAGCCUCGGUUUGCCAAGAUCAUCCUGUGCUCAAAGGAGCUUGGAUGCACGGACGAAAUUCUGACCAUAAUAUCGAUCUUGUCCGGUGAUUCCGUGCUGUACUUCAAUGAAAAACAUAGGGAACGUGCUGCUGAAGUUUGGAAAAAAUUUCAGUCAAAUGAAGGGGACCAUGUGAUGCUACUGAAUGUCUACAAAGCUUACAAGAGUGUCAAAGGAAACAAGGCUUGGUGCAAGGAAAACUUCGUCAACAAGAAGAACAUGAUGAAGGUCAUUGAGAUUAGGUCUCAGCUGGCUGACCUCUGUGUGAAAGCAGGUGUGCCAUCAAGAUCGUGUGGCCAGGAUAGCACGGCAUUUCGGAAGUGCCUGGCUUCUGGUCUGUUCACUAAUGUUGCUGAACUUCAGAAAAAUGGAGAUUAUAUAACGCUGGACGCACGUAAGAAAGUCCACAUUCACCCAUCUUCUUGCCUGUUCUCAUCUUCACCGGCAUGCGUGGUGUUCACUGAGAUGGUCGAGACAACCAAGUGCUACAUGAGGAAUUUGACUGUGGUGGACCCCGACUGGCUGCCUGAUGUUGCUCCUCAGUAUUUCAAGAAGAAGCACCUUGGUGCCAAAGCACUAUCCUGACCUAGAGAGGCUGUGCAAUCUCCAACUCAUUGUACUGCCCAAGGUACAUUGCUGACUCAAGGAAUUACAGAUGUACUGCAUGUAUUCCAUGAUCAUCACCACAGCAAUCACCUUUUUGUUAAUAAAUGAUCUAUACAUGUU